AUGUCGGCCAUCUCAGGAAUUGUCAAACAAGGUGGCGAAAAUCUAGUUCGCAACGUAUGGGGCAUGUGGGACGGAAUGUGCCUCCGCGACUAUACUCGAAUUGUUAUAAUUGUCGGAGGAUAUCUACUCCUACUCCCUUACCUGCUCAAAUUUGCUGCCAAAAUUCAGGCAAAACAGUACGCCAAAGUUGUUGAUACAGAUGCUUCUACUUCUAGUGACAAACUGUCUCAUAACCAGCUCUGGGGUCCUGGCACAGUGGACCUUACACACAGUGAUUCAGAAGAUAUUCAAAAUGAUCGAAUCGCCAGCGGCGCUGAUUGGGGAACCAAGGCUAGGAAACGGCAAAAAAGGGCUACAAAGAUAAUUAUAGAAGAAAAAGAGGAAAAAAUGCUCGAGGCUGAAGGGGAUAUCGAUGACAAGGAAAUCAUGGACCUUCUUGUCGACUAUGAGGAAGGAAAAAAUGGCUGGUAA